AUGAAUACUGCAGCAGCGGCAGCAGCAGCAGCAGCAGUGGCACUCUACUCCAACCCUUGUCGGCGGCCUGCGUGUGUGCCUCCGCAGGUGGUGAUCGUCCCCAUCACCAAGGGUCCCGGCGAGGACACCGACCUCGUCAACAAGGCAGUGGACGGCGUCGUCGAUCAGCUCAAGGCCGCCGGCGUUCGUGUCAAGUGGGGGAUCGAGGAGAUUGCAGUAGUGGACCAGUACACAUACCUCGGAGUAGAGAUCGCAAAAGACUGCUCGUGGAAUGCACACAUGUCCAAGGUAGCGGAAAAGGGCAAAUCACGAGCAGGGAAGCUGCAUCCAAUACUCGCAAACCGGCACCUCGAUACACGCAUCAAAUUGACGGUUUUGAAGAGCGUAAUCGUACCGCCGCUAGAGUACGCCGGAGAAGUAUGGGAAGGAAAUAAGAAGUAUCGCAUGUGCGGGAUGGGAGAGGAGAGGUUGCCGAGAAUUGUAUGGGAGGCGAAGUGGGCAAACAAAAAGAGGGGUAGACAACCCACGGAAUGGGUCAAGGUUGUAGAGGACGUAUGGAAGGGGCUCGACAUCGACGAAGAUGAAACGCUGGAAACGGAGGGUCUACAGGGGUUCAAGGAGAAGAUAUCUGUUGCUUGUGCCGAGAGAGAAGAAAAGAAUGUAAGGAAAGAAACCAAGGAUAAGGAGGGUCUUGAAGCGUACGGAAUGUUGAAGGAAGGAAUAGGGUUCAAGGACUACCUACAUGGACCAAUGGAUGCAGGAACAAAGCUUAAGGUCAAAUUCAGGACCGGGGACAUAGGCCUUCGAGAACGUCGACGAAGACAUAGGACGGUAGACGAGGAAGACGACGAGUUCAAAUGUGAUUGCGGCUUCGAAUGCGAAGACCGUGUUCAUGUAGUCGCGGAAUGUCCGUUGCACAAGAAGGAGAGGGAAGUGUGCGUGACUGAGCUGGGAAAAAUAGGU